GCUGACCCUUUACAGAAAAAAUGUGCUAGUGCCUGGGUUAGAGAAAGUAAAGAAGCAUUGGGAAAUGCAGUUCUGGAGGUAAGGAAGGGGAAGAUUAAGAGGGAAGAACUGGACUGGGGAUCGAGAGGCACCAUUUCCACUAUUGCUUAUGCCACUACCUGUCACAAUGGCCUUGAAUAAUUUAACAGUUUCCACAUCUAAAAUCGUACAGAUGCUAAUAACCAUAACAACUGAGUUCAUUUAUCACUUUUCCCACAUUGUGAAUAAUCCUAUCAUUAAUGACUAAUGACUAUGUUUUUAGACACAUCUUUGUCAGUAUAACGUUAUCAAUUUGCUGAAAAACAGAGACUGUUGGAAAAGAUUUUUAAGUGAUAAAGAUUCUGUUCUUGGCUGUUAUUGACAGCGUUGUUUAUCCUUUUUCUGAACCACUUUUUUUUCAGUUUUUAAGACUUAUAAGUUAUAUAAAGGGUCAUAUCUCAAAAAUCGUUAGUCAUCACCUUGAGCUGUUAAACACUUAGAAACAUUUUCAAAAAAUGAAAUACACAACUGGUUGUGUAUUACCCGGGAGCUUUCUAAGAUAUAUCUGGAGUCAUAAUCUUGAGGGCUGAGGCUCAGUAACCUGUAUUUUUAUAAAGUUGUACAAAUGAUUCUGAUGUGCAUCGCAGCAUGAAAACCACUGGUGGGCACUAAAUUUAAAUCAGUGCUUCUGAGUGUGUUCAAGUGUGCCUCAGAAUCAUCUUUGGUAAUAGUUAAAAGUGGAAAUUUCUAGAUUCCACCCAGGAAUUUUUGAUUAUGGAUCUUUAUGUACACAAAAGGAAGACAGCCACUCAAAUGUUGGAAACAAUCUAUUUCAUCUUUAUUGAAGUUAAAGCAAUCUUCUUAUUAGCUAAUUGCAUAGACACUGGUUUUGAGAAGAAUGAGAUCAACUGGUUAUGGGCCUAAUGGCAUCAUUCAGCUUGCACGUGUGACUCUGAUUUCUGUAGAGACCAGGAAACAAAGGACAGAUUCUAUUAGUUUUCACCAUUACUGGCGGAGAGGUGAAAGUAUGUGCUAUACAAAAUAAUGGGUAAACGCUAAGAGGGCAUAUAAUACGUUCCCAGUCCACGUAUAUGUGUGCCAGGUACUCAUCUGCAUGCUUUAUAUAGUCCCACUUAAGCCUCAAAACACCCCUGUGAGGUAUUAUUAACUCUGUUUUACAGAUGAAGAAACAGGCACAAAGUUUUAGCAGCUUGCCCAGGACUAUAUAGCUGGUAAAUAAUACAGCUAAAAUUUGAACCUCGGCACUUGAUUCAAAGUGUAUUCUCUUAACCACUGUGCAAGACUAUUACAUAAAAUACAUGCAGUAUAUCCACUGCCCACUAAAACAGACUCUCAUUCUUUCCUCUAAAAUUAGAUAUUUUUUUCUCCAGGUGUUGGAUUUCAGAUUUUUAUUUUCACUGUUUCUGCACAAGAGAUAUUAACUUCUGUCUUAAUUUUUUGCUUUACCGAAAGGCAUUUUUCUUAUCCAAAUUUGGUAUAAAGAUAAAGGAAUUUACAUAAAAUUUACAGUUAAAGUAUAUUAAAUAAGUAGUCAAAAGUCAUUAUAACAAAGACUUUUUUUAACUUUUGUGAGACAAUUAUUUAUACAACAUACAAUGAUUAUUUACAGUGUGCACUGGAGAAGAGAUGGAAAAGGUUUAAUUCCCAACCAGUAUUCAUCCAAGGAGCACACUUGGAUGAAUAAAGGCAAACGGAAGUGAGUAGUAGUAAAACAAGGUACAGGCCCGGUGUGAUGGCUCAAAUCUCUAAUCCCAGCACUGGGAGGCUGAGGUGGGAGAAUCACUUGAGCCUAGGAGUUCAAGAUCGGCUUGAGUUACAUAGCAAGGCUCUUUCUCUACAAAAAAAUAAAAUUAGCCAAGUAUAAUGGCACAUGCUAUAGUCCCAGCUACUGGGGAGGGAGACUGAGGUAAGAGAAUCGCUUGAGCCCAUGUGUUUGAGGCUGCAAUGAGCUGUGACUGUGACAGUGCACUUUAGCCUGGGCAACAGUGAGCCUCUGUUUCCAAAAACAAAAAAAGGUACACGAGGUUGUGCCUAAUUCUGCUUUGUGUAGUAAGAUUUGUAAACCAGGUUGUUGAUAGAUGAAGAGAAAUUUAUCUCAUGCAGGAAGAAAGCAAGGUAGGAGCCUGUAGGCUAGACCAAGGCAUAUGCAAAUACUGCAUGUUCAAGAAAUAGUGACAUUGAAUUGAAUGAACCAGAGUUUCGGGUGCCUGAAGCAGAGUAAUAGGGCAGGAAGCUGCAUAAAAAGGUGGGCCUGGUUGUGUAGAGCCUCCUUAUGAGAGAAGCAGCUAGGAAUCAACAGUUUCAGAAACUGAAGAGCAAGUAUCAUGAAGAUAUAAAUAGGUUGAUGGAUUUGCACAUAAGGUGAUACUUGUAUACUUAAUGAGAAAUUUUUCUAUAGCAUGGUAGAUGGUGGAAAUUAUAUAGGAAUUGGAUAGAUGGGAAUUUUAUGAGUAUUUGACUUUAGUGGAAGUGUAUUUGGUCUCAAAAGAGGAAGGAGAUGAAGGUUUUUGGUUUGAUUUUGUUUGUUAAAGAUGGGAGAUUUGAGCAUGUAUCUAAGCAAAUGAAAGAAGUGGAAAAGAAAUGAGAUGGAUGAGAAAAGGAGAAGAGAGUCACCUGUUCAGGGAAGUAUGGAGAUGCUAAACCUGGCCAUGAUCAUGGGGAGCAUUUUGCUAAUGCUGAAACAGUACGUGUGUGCUUAUUAACAUAUAGCAUUUCUAAGUUAGUCCUGGGAAAAAAAUGGGUAAGCUCUAGCCAAAAUUCUCUUUCCCAAGAAAUACAUUAUCUCCACCUAGCAUUCAUUACAUUAUUAUUUGUUUCACUGACUUUUUUCCCUAAUGGGUGUCAAACCUGUGUCUGAUUCUUAGGCCCCAGAUACUAGUACAAUGCUAGGUGAAUUAGGAAAAUGGCCUCUGAUCCAUAGCUGCUUUUCACGCAAAAACCUACAGAAGUCUGCUGAAAAGGUAUUUGGAUAAUUAAACAAGACCGAAAAGUAAUGACUAAUGACAGAGAAUCUUGCAAACUGAAGGUCUCUGCCCAGGCAGGGAAACGAACUAAUCAAUAUUCAACAGUUAUGUGUGCUGUUUUUUAGUGCUCUCGAUGCCUUGGGAAAGAAGGGGACAUGGUGUAAUCAUAGUAUUAAGGGGAAAGUGGUUGAAAUGUUUCCUGAGCGCUCUCAUGCAACUUUUGCUCAGUUCACACCUGGUGCUACAGGCUCGGCCCCGAGGUUACACUCAACAAGAGGAAGGAUCAGGGCUGGGGCUGCCAGCGCCAGGGGAACCCGCUCCGGAAGCCGCCCUGCCCCGCGCGCCCUAGCGUCCCGGUUGCCCGGGAAACGCUGCGGCGGUUCCGCUGGCUCCGAAGUCGCCGGGUACGUGGCCGCCUCCUCCGAGCGACGCGCGCGGGAGCUGGGGCUGGGGCUGUUCGGCGCUGCUCGAGGCUGCCCUGUCCGUGCAGUGCAGCAUUGUACUGCAAGUCAAUCGAUACAAUAAUAAUUUAAGUCACUUCAGCUAUAAUGGAAAAGUAUGAAAAAUUAGCUGAGAUUGGAGAAGGGUCUUAUGGGAUUGUAUUCAAAUGCAGAAACAAAACCUCUGGACAACUAGUAGCUAUUAAAAAAUUUGUUCAAUCUGAAGAUAAUCCUGUUACUAAGAAAAUAGCACUAAGAGAAAUAUGUACGUUGAAGCAACUAAAACAUCCAAAUCUUGUAAACCUCACUGAGGUAUUUAGAAGAAAAAAGAAAAUAUAUUUAGUGUUUGAAUAUUGUGAUCAUACACUUUUAAACGAGCUGGAAAGAAACCCAAACAGAGUUGCUGAUGCUGUGAUCAAAAGUGUAUUAUGGCAAACACUUCAAGGUCUUAAUUUCUGUCAUAUACAUAAUUAUAUGCACUGAGAUAUGAAACCUGAAAAUAUUCUAAUAACUAAGCAAGGAAUAAUCAAGAUUUGUGACUUUGGGUUUGCACGAAUUCUGAUUCCAGGAGAUGCCUACAGCGAUUAUGUAGCUACGAGAUGGUACCGAGCUCCUGAACUUCUUGUGGGAGAUCCUCACUAUGGUUCUUCAGUCGAUAUAUGGGCUAUUGGUUGCGUUUUUGCAGAGCUCCUGACAGGCCAGCCACUGUGGCCUGGAAAAUCAGAUAUAGACCAACUUUAUCUGAUAAUCAGAACACUAGGAAAGGUAAUCCCAAGACGUCAAUCAAUCUUUAACCGGUUUUUCCAUGACAUCAGCAUACCUGAACCAGAAGACAAGGAAACUCUUGAAGAAAAGUUCUCAGACACUCAUCCUGUAGCUCUGAGCUUCAUGAAGGGGUGUCUGAAGAUGAAUCCAGAUGACAGAUUAACCUGUUCCCAACUCCUGGAGAGCCCCUACUUUGAUUCUAUUCAAGAGGACCAAAUUAAAAGAAAAGCGUGUAACAAACGAAGAAACAGAAGACACCAGCAGAAUCAACUGUUGCCUCUCAUACCAGGAAGCCACAUCUCCCCCAAACCUGAUGGAAGAAAACAAGUCCUCCAGUUAAAAUCUGAUUGUCUUCCAAAGAUUUAGGAAAAUGUUCUUUCAAGUGGAAAGUAAUUUAAUAUGUACACAUUUUGUACAAGUGAGAUAGGAAUUCUCAGUGUUUCAGAUGCAAAUGAGCCAUAUGAAAAUUAAAAUGCCUUCUAGAAUUGUUUUGCUGUGAUCAUUGCCGAUUCCUUUCCCCGUGCUUUUACAUGCCAACUUUAUCUUUUAGAAUAUUUUCUUUAAAUGUUAUAAAGCCUAAAACUGCACAUAUGGAAGAGACAUUUUCAAUUUCAUCAGAGCAGCCCCUCCUGAGGCUAUUUAUAUGGAGAAUUUGUGAGCUUAUACUUUGAUUUAUGAAAAAGAUUUACAUGUGUCAACUUGCUUCAGCUGACCACAUAAUUUCUUAAAGCAAUAUCAAAUAGCCUGCCUCACUGUUUGUGUAAGAAAUGACAUAUGUUCCUGCAUUGUAAUUCAUACUUAUUAUAACCAGGUCUGUUGAGUAAUGCUGGUAUCUUAUUCUGUGUUUUUAUGUUGGUGUAGAAAGGGAAUCUUGAAAGGUCAUUCAGGUUUAUCUCCAGAUUCCACGGCACGCUCUCCUUUGUCUCAUGAGGCAUUGAUGAUUCUAUUUUUAAAGCUAGCUAGAGAAAAUUACAUACAAAUUCCAAUACAUAGCAAACAGUGCACCAGUGACAAGGAAUUGCCAUCCUCAUCAGUAACGCCCUCGGAUAAUUGUCUGCUGUCCUUUGCUAUAUCACCAUUCCUUAUCCUUUUCUCCUCCUGUCUAAAUCAUCUCAGGACCCAAGCUGAUCCUCCUGGGUGUAUUGUCUAAAUAGCUCAUGGCCAGUACUCUCUUGCAAACACUUGCAUCUGUAGCCUCUAUGAAAUUCUACAGCCCAAAACUAGUGACUGCAUCUUAAUCAGGUUGGUUUGUAAACAUAAGAGGAGGAAGAUUAUUUUUCAGUUAAUAUCAUUUCAUAUCUCUUACAAAACAACAAAGCAAAGCAAAUCCCUCAAUAACUGAGCUGAAUUUACUUUGGGAUAUUUUCCCAACUAAACUUGACAUACAUAUGUAUAUACACAUACGUAUAUACAUGUAUUUGUAAAUAUAUACUUAAAAUUAUAAAUUUUGCAGCACCAUAUUAGGUGCCUUUUAUCCUGGACAUCAGAAAUGAUGCAGAAUAUUUAAGAGUACUUUUAGUUUGCUAACAAGGAACUCAUAUAAAAUAAUAGCAUAGGGCUAUCACUGUUA